AAAAUACCCACAAAAUCGGAUAAAACGCAAAGACGUGACGCGUGUUCUGCGACCACUGGAAGCUAUAACAAGAGAGGCUUCUGCCUAACAUUAUGUCACUAUUUCAAAAGUUGUGCCUAUGGUGAGUUGUGCAAUUGACCAAUACAAUCAAUCGAGGAUUACUUCAAGCAUUGCCGGCAAUUUGAAGAAAAAUAUUACUCUGGAAAUGGAGAAGCGUUUUGGCCAGUUGGAAUACAAUGUUGCUAGACCCUCGUUUCAAAAAGUUGCAUUUUAAGAAACCCGACGCAUGUGCAAAAGCGAUUUAAAAAAUUAGAAAAUUAAUUUCAGAAUAUAAAUCUGCA